AUACAGUGACUGGCAAAUGCGGCUUUAAAACUGACGUCAACAAAUAAUUUGCUUUCCUUAUUUUUAUUUAAAUAAUUGCUAUACCCUGUAAAGAUGUUUACGCUGUGGACGUUGAUUGAAGCCUCGCUGCUCUGCUUAAAUGCAGUGUGCAUUUUACACGAGGAGCGUUUCUUGGCCAAGAUUGGCUGGGGAAGACAAGCUGGUCAGCAAGAGUUUGGAGCUCCAAGUGCCAAGCAUCAAAUAUUAAAUCUCAUACGUUCUAUACGCACAGUUGCCAAGAUUCCACUGAUAUUUCUUAAUAUAGUAGCGAUUAUAUUUAAAUUGUUACUUGGAUAAAACUUAAAAUCUAUUGUAAUAAAUGUACUGUUUAUGCUUUUUUCAUAA